UUUAGAGCGGCCCGCCAAGCUGCCCGCUUUGCGCAGGCGCAGUCAGGGGCGGAGGCCAAGCCUGGGAGCGAGGUGUAGGGGUUGUGGCUAGAGGGCAGAGGGCGUUCUCGCGCUGGGGGCUUUCUCUUUGGAAGGUGGCCUGAAAAUUGAACUGGGGUGUCCUUGUUUCUCCUAUUGUCCAGGGAAACACAGAUGGCUGGACACAGAAUCUAGAGACUUCAAAUAAUGUGGAGAUGUUUCGACCACCAGGUUCCACUGGGCUGAUUCCCCCAUCCCACUUCCAAGCUCGUCCCCUUCCAACUGUACCAAGAAUGGCUCCCACCUGGGUUUCAGACAUUCCCCUGGUCCAACCCUCAACCCAUCAAGAUGUCUCAGAGAGGCGGCCAGACAGCCAGAGACCUCAAGUGGUCAUGUGGGAACAGGAUGUUUCUGGCAAUGGGCAGGAGCCAGGGCGGAGAGGCAGGUCUGUGGAGCUAGAGGGGUCACAUGCCCUGAGCCAGCAGGCUGAGCUGAUCUCUCGGCAGCUGCAAGAGCUGCGGCGGCUUGAGGAGGAGGUCCGAGUCCUGCGGGAGACCUCGCUGCAGCAGAAGAUGAGGCUGGAGGCCCAGGCCAUGGAGCUGGAGGCUCUGGCACGGGCGGAGAAGGCUGGCCGAGCUGAGGCUGAGGGCCUGCGUGCUGCCUUGGCUGGGGCCGAGGUUGUCCGAAAGAACCUGGAAGAGGGGAGCCAGCGGGAAUUGGAGGAGGUUAAGAGGCUGCACCAGGAGCAGGUGAAUGUGGGGGUGAGAAGGGCUUAGCUUCACAGUGGAUGAACUGGGCAGAAGCUUCCCAGCAACGAGCAGGUUCCACAGAAAAGGCCCUGUGAGCAGUGGAGUGAUGAGAUGUUUGGUGAAGGCGAGAGAUCAGAGGACCUGGAAAGAUGGAUUUGGGUGUUUUGGUCUUUGAAUAAAGGUCAUACUUUUUCUCCCAGGACUCAGGUGACCUCCCACCACUUGAAGUCCUCCUUCCCCUUCCAGUAGGAAGUAUUUUGUCUUCCUUCUUUACUCUGGGUACUCACUUCAUGUGGGAGCAUUGUGGGGAUGGUGAGGAGGAUGGGAGAGGGUGGACUGGGGAAGGGAGAUGACUCAUUCAGGAAGCAUUUAUCAGUGCUUACUCUUUACCAUCUCUGAGAUAGGAGCCAGGACCCUGGGGUGGGCUAAUCAGCCUGAGUCCUUGUGGGUGGAGCUGACAGCCUAGUGGGGGGCAUGCACAUUCAACACCUAGUUUAAUCCUAAUUAAUUAAUUGCAAUUGGGAGAAAUGCCAUGCAGGAGAAGGACAGGGAGCCCUAAUAUGGACAGGAGGGUUAGGGAAUACCACCACCUUAGUCAGUUGACAUGU